UUGCGGCUUGAAAUGAAAUGGGCGGGAAAAAAACUACAGGGUCAGAGUUCACUUUUCAAAUCUCUCUCCCACUCAGUAUAAUAAAGUCCACAUUUUCUAAGAUCUCGAUUCCCUUCACUUUUCUCUCUCGCCAAACAGUUCUUACGCAAGAGCGAAAGAACUCAGACUUAUCCUCCUAUCAUCGAAUCCCAAAUAUUGAAAACGCUUCGGAUCAGAUUUGAAAAAUGGGCAUCGAAAACUACCAUGUGAUCGAGCUUGUUGGGGAAGGUUCAUUUGGGAAGGUAUACAAGGGGAGGCGAAAGUACACGGGACAGACUGUUGCAAUGAAGUUCAUUAUGAAGCAUGGGAAAAGUGAGAAGGACAUUCAGAAUCUAAGGCAAGAAAUUGAGAUUUUAAGAAAGUUGAAGCAUGAAAAUAUAAUUGAAAUGCUCGACUCAUUUGAAAGCGCGCAAGAGUUUUGUGUUGUCACGGAAUUUGCACAAGGUGAACUGUUUGAGAUUCUCGAGGAUGACAAGUGCCUUCCAGAAGAACAAGUUCAAGCAAUUGCAAAGCAAUUGGUGAGAGCACUGCACUACUUGCAUUCAAACCGUAUCAUCCAUCGUGACAUGAAGCCACAAAACAUUCUAAUUGGUGCUGGGUCCGUGGUUAAGCUUUGUGAUUUUGGGUUUGCACGUGCAAUGUCCACAAAUACUGUUGUUUUACGAUCCAUAAAAGGCACUCCACUGUAUAUGGCUCCGGAAUUGGUAAGGGAGCAACCUUACAACCACUCGGCUGAUUUAUGGUCCCUUGGAGUUAUAUUGUACGAGUUAUUUGUUGGCCAACCUCCAUUUUAUACAAAUUCUGUAUAUGCACUCAUCCGGCAUAUUGUUAAGGAUCCAGUUAAAUAUCCUGACAGCAUGAGUCAAAAUUUCAAAAGCUUUUUGAAGGGUUUGCUUAAUAAGGUACCACAAAAUCGACUAACUUGGCCUGCUCUUCUUGAACACCCAUUUGUUAAAGAAACUUCAGACGAAAUGGAGGCUAGGGAAAUGCGUGCUGCGACUUUUGCAGCCAGAGGAUGUGAUGCAGCAUGGAGGGGUGAAGGGAACACCAUUCAAAUGUCACCAAGUUUGAUUGUUUCCAGUCCUGGGGGUAAAAGCAACUCGCUAGCUGCUUUUGAGAGCAAUAAUGGUCCAAGUGUUCAGAGUAAUGCUCAAUUAACUAGUCCAAAGUCAGCUACAAGCAAUCCUUCACCAUGUGAGGAGUUCUCCGGGUUUGCAUGUCCUAAUGAUUUUAAACAGUCAGGUUGCCAGACAUUGAACACAUUGGAAAACAACUCCCGCACAGUCAAGGGUGCUCAAAUAAUUGGUCGAGAUAAUGAGGCAUUAGCAAAUGUUUUGCUACCAUUGAAAAGAUGGUCUACAGGAUCUCAAAAUCCUUGCAGGGAUCAAGAUGUUAUUAGUUCAAAUCAGUCGCUCAGAAUUCUGUCAAACCUAGUUGCAGCUGGUGCCAUCCAUUCUAGUGGGCUACCUGACGAAAUAAUACGUGAACUUCUUGUUUUCACUGGCAUUGUUGUCAGCUUGAAAUCCUCUGAAUUUAAUGAUUUAAUAGCGAAGAGUUUCUCAAUGAUCAAAAUGCUGCUUGAUUAUUGUGGAAGUGGCAUUGCAAGUUCAUAUUUCAGGCACUGGGUUGCAUUAUCUGAGAUUUUUUCUCAGGUUGUUGGUUGCAAUGAAGAUGCAUGUGCAAGAGUUCUGUAUGAGUCCAGUGCCUGCAUUACAAUCAUGUUAUCUAGAAUUGCUCAGGGUCAUAAGGCAUCUCAUGUGACUUCAGUGCCUGAGGCAGUUUCUGCUCUUGAUGAAACACUGAAAAGAAUAUUGGAUCAUGCUAAAUCAUCUGGCAUGGUGGAUCAUUUGUGUCUAUGCUUGGCAAAUUCGGGCUCAAGCCUCAUUUCAGGGUCUUCGAGUAUGUUGCGUGCUGCUUGUGAAGCAUGUAGGGCUAUUUGGUCGCUGAUAGAUGCACUGGAAAUGCUUUCAAUUAAAGAAAGUCCCCUUUUAUUUCCAUUAAAUGCUUUGCGGAGUCAUUCUUUAGAUCGACUUGGUACAAAGGAGCAUGAAGGGGGCUCAUUGGUUGGCGCAGAAUCAGCAAAAGUUGUUGAUGUGGUGACAAGAGCUUUCGUUACAUCAAAAGCAAUACAAGUUGCUAUUUACUAUUGCCUUCAUCAACGUUUUGAGGCUGCAAUGUCUGCUGGCAUUCAGCUCUUGUCUAGGUGCUGCCUACGUAGUGGACUUGUUCCAGUUGUUCUAUGUGGACUUCCCAGUUCCCUACCUGUAACUACUGUUGUCAGUGGGGGAGGGGAUCGCACUAUUGUCUCGGAGAUAUUCUCUAUAUUAUCUUUCUGCACUUCAUCUACAAAUAAAGAUCCACAAACAGGCGAAGCAAGUAGCAUGAAGUGUAAAAUAACCAAUCCCUCUUCCUUGGUUCUUCAUUCAUGCCUUAUCCUUGCAACAGUUGCGCAAUGUUUGAAGUCAACUGGAAGAAAUUCUCCACUAUUUAUGCUUACAACCUCCCCAAAGAAGCAGCUUUCUCGCCUAUCAGUGCUUGCACAUCAUUCUUCUUCUGAUGAUAGAAUGAACACUUUAUUUCAACCUCAUAGUGCGUCAGCUAUGUUGGCUCUUGCAUCCAUUCUAUCCCUUGAAGCGGGUGUGUCUGUUGAAUCUUCGGUCUCUGAAAUUGCAGUGCCUUUGAUUCCUCGAACUGCCACACUUUGUGAUCAUCUCAAGAUUUAUUCUGUGAAUGAAACUGAAGUAGAUCCCAGUUACCCAAAUGGCGUUCUCUCUUAUUGGCAUGGCCUUAGAGAUGGAUGCGUUGGCUUGUUGGAGUUCCGACUCAAGUGGGGAGGACCAUUAGCUGUUCAACAGUUGUGUGCAAGUGGUAUCCCUCUGCUUCUUGUUGAUUUGUUAGCCAACAACCAUUCAAAUGCUUCUCAAGGAUCUGACAGCACAAAAGAUCGAGUUGGGCUAUCCCCUAUUGGGGUUGUGUGGACAGUUUCAUCAAUAUGUCACUGCCUUUCAGGUGGAGCUUUAACUUUUCGUCAGAUUUUGGUAAGGAGUGAACACAUCAAGCUUGUCUCUGACUUGAUUUCUGAUGUCCAUCUCAAGCUUGUAAAGUCCUGGGGUGGGCCUGGUGGAGGGAAGGAUGGUAUCAGAAAUACUAUAAAUGCUGUUGUAGAUAUCUUGGCAUUUCCUUUUGUUGCUGUACAGAAUGGUCCUGGCUUGCCAUCUGCCACUGCUUCUGUUAACAGUGGGUUCCUUCUCAACAUGGCUUCACCAGGUGGGAAAGUAUGCAUGGAAGACAGGGACAUGGUGAAAACAAUUGAGGAAGACAUGGGAAAGUACAUUAAAAUUCUUCUGGAGGUCAGAGUAUCAAUUCUUAUACUUCGAUGCAUGGAAAAUGUGGAGUUAAAAGAUUUGGGAAGGCCUGUUGCCUUUCUUGCUAAAAUGAUAGGUCAUCGACCUCUGGCGGUUCAACUUGUUGAUAAUGGCUUGUUGGAUCCAAAUAGGAUGAGAAAGCUGCUUGAUAGCUCAUGCCCGAGAGAAGUCACACUGGAUACUUUGAUGAUACUAUCUGAUCUAGCCCGCAUGGAUAAGGGAUUCUACGAGUACAUCGAUCAGGCUUCUGUGUUGGAGUUAUUGAAGGAUUUUCUUACCCACGAAGAUCCCAAUGUCCGUGCGAAGGCUUGCAGUGCUCUAGGCAACAUGUGUCGGCAUAGUUCCUACUUCUAUAGCUCACUAUCAAGGAAUCAAAUUAUUCGCCUCCUCAUCGAUCGUUGUGGUGAUCCAGACAAACGCACGAGAAAAUUUGCAUGCUUUGCUAUUGGAAAUGCUGCCUACCAUAGUGACACACUGUAUGAAGAGCUUAGGAGAUCCAUUCCUCAACUGGCAAACUUGCUGCUAUCAGCAGAGGAAGAUAAGACUAAAGCCAAUGCUGCUGGUGCACUAAGUAAUCUUGUUCGCAACUCCAACAAGCUUUGUGAAGAUUUAGUCUCUAAAGGAGCCAUGCAGGCUUUACUGAAGUUAGUAGCUGACUGUUCUGUAGUAGCGCUGAACCCAAGUAGAAAAGAUGCUGUAAAUGAGUCACCGUUAAAAAUAGCACUUUUCUCUUUGGCAAAGAUGUGUUCACACCCUCCUUGCAGACAGUUCCUUAGUUCAUCGGAGUUGUUUCCGGUGAUUGGACGGCUUCGACAGUCUCCAGAAUCAACAAUUGCCCAGUACGCUUCAGUCAUUAUCAACAAAAUCUGAUGCUCGAGGGUUCAGAGAGAGCUUGAUUUCUAAUCAAUCACAGUGAUUGCCGAAUAACACUGUUGAAGUAUGAUUAGAAUACAAUGCGAAGAAAGUGGCAUGCCACAAACUGCUCUGUAGUGGAUGUUGUAAAGUCAUCCUUUCUAUGAAUUGCCUGUAUAUGCAUUAAUGGUUCAAUCUGCAUACUGUAGUUGGCUAAGCAUAUUGUUCUCUAGUCAUUUGUGUAAAAUUCAUUUUUCUUAAUUUUUCGUUGGAAGAAAUGUUGGCUCUCCGCCAGGCGAAGAGGGAGGGGAAGUGUGGGCCUAUGUAAUACCCAUACUUUAAAUUCCAGCUUGGCUGGCUUUUUAUUUUUUAUUUUUCUUUUUUUCCA